GGGGUACAUCUACAUGACAGCUAAAGUACUGUAUGUUAUUUAACUAAUAUAUAUUCCUCAAGUUGCCGAUUAUUCUAUUGAGUGAAUUUACUGCAACCCCCAAAACAUGAUGGAAAAUUAUCGCUUUGGAGCUGAUAGAUGAAUACUAGAAUCACUAUAACGUCAGACUUUCUUCAGUAAAUCUAAAAAAGAGUUGUAGAACUAGUGGUCAACACUUGAGAUAGAGUACAGUAUGAGCUUCAUGUGGACCGUUGCGAUGCUGAUUAUAGCCUUAGUGGUUGUGAGGAUCAGCCACUGGCUUUUCCGAUGGUCAAACCCUAAGUGCAAUGGCAAGUUACCACCGGGAUCCAUGGGUUUUCCGAUCAUCGGAGAGUCAAUGGACUUUUGCAAGCCUCAUAGGUUUGAUGAGAUCUCGCCCUUUUUGAAAAAGAGGAUGUUAAAGUACGGACCGUUGUUUCGGACAAACAUUUUCGGAUCCCAAACCAUAGUUUCCACGGACUCGGAUGUGAACUUUGAGAUUUUACGGCAGGAGAACAAGUCUUUCAUUUUAAGUUAUCCGGAGGUUCUUGUGAAGCGAUUGGGAAAAGAUAGCUUGGUGUCCAAGGACGGAAACAUCCACAAGCACAUGAAAAAUUUCACUCAUCAACAUCUUCUUGGCUCAGAGGGUUUGAAGCAAAAGAUGAUAAGAGAUAUGGACCGAGUGACCCGCGAACAUCUUGAAUCUAAGGCUGACAGUGGAAUAUUAGACGUUAGGGAUUCAGUGGCAAGCUUGGUAGUCGCGCUCAUGGCACCAAAGAUGAUAAGUAGCCUCAAACCGGAGACUCAAACAAAGUUUAUGGAAGAUAUCAAGGCCUUCAAUUUUGACUGGUUCCAGCUAUCCUUUACUCUCUCUGGUUGGAAGUUUCUCUACAUAGCAUUUAGGGCACACAGAAAUGGGACGAAGUUGAUCAAAGAUGUUUUGACGAAGAGGAAAAUAGUGGGAGAGAAGUACGGAGACUUCCUUGACACAAUGUUAGAAGAGUUGGAGAAAGAAGGCUGCUUUUGGAAUCAAGAUUCAGCUGCAAAUCACAUCUUCUUUAUGUCCUUCGCUGCUCAAGAAACUACCCCGAAGGCCACUUGCUUGGCUGUGAAGUUCUUAUCCGAAAAUCCAAAAGUGGUCGCAGAGCUCAAGAGAGAGCAUGAGGCGAUCCUUGAGAGCAGAGAAGAUAAGGAAUCUGGGAUCACUUGGGAAGAAUACAGACAGAAGAUGAGUUUUACAAACAUGGUUAUUAAUGAGACGCUUCGGUUGAUCAACUUUGUUCCAUUCUUGUUUAGAAAGGCUGUGACCGAUGUCGAGAUAAAAGGAUACACGAUUCCCGCGGGUUGGAUAGUUUUUGUUGCAGCUCAAGUGGUACAUUAUGAUCCUAAGACCUACGAAAACCCUUUUGAGUUUAAUCCAUGGAGAUGGGAAAGGCAAGAUCUGCGUUCUGGUUCUAAAAUGUUCAUGGGGUUUGGAGGUGGAGUGAGACAAUGCGUAGGAGCAGAGUUUGCAAGGCUUCAGAUGGCAAUCUUCCUUCACUAUCUUGUCACCACUUACGACUUCUCAAUGGCCGAAGACUGUGCGGUGUUACGGAAACCAGGGCUCCUCUUCCACAAGGACCUCUCUAUAAACAUCUCUCGCUUGAAGUGAACCUUGUAGUUUCCAAAUUUCAACAGUCUGAUAUUAAAAAAAAAAUAGGCAACAAGAUUCCGCAGAAUGUACGAGUCUUUUAUAAAAAUCAGUUACAAGCUAUAUAAAUAGUUGUGACAAGUAUCUACGUAUGGUCUGGUUGAUGAAUGAGCUCAAAAGUCAACCCCAUAAUCGCUUAUUGAUGUCUUGGACUGUUUUUCAUAUAUAUACUUUGGAUACUUUUCAAUUUUUACUCAUUCAAUUAAUC